AUGUCUUUGAGAGAAACGGGAGGUCCCUUGAGGAAGGGUUGUUAUUCGGGAUGCUGCUCAAUGGUGAUGUCAGGCUCGAGGUCGGAAGCCCUAGUUGAUGUCAAGAAGCCCUUGAAAAUACGGGAAGAACCAUUUGAGACGGUUAAUGAAUCUUUUGUGCAUGUUGAUAUGCAUUGUUUGUUAUGCUUGUUGACAAGCCAAAGGUCCGAGGAACGGGUUGGAUUCGACAAGAUAAAGACCCUAAACGAAAUAUCCGCGGCCUCGACCAGGACUGAAGGGAAGAAGAAGAAGACGCCUGAAGGCUCAAAAGUCACUGUCGCAGCCAAUGAAAGCGAACUGUCCUCCAUGCAAACGUGGGAAGAUUUCACUGGAAGUGAACGUACAACAACAAUUAAACGAAACGAACGACCGCCAUGCACUGAUUGCCUGAACCUUCGGAUAACCGAUUAUAGGACGCAGCAAAGGUGUCGUCUUCCUCGUCUUCCUCCUCCCAUCAUCUCAAACCCGACACUUUCUGCUUUCACGUUGUCUUCCGAGCUCUCUUUCAUGGCCGGCGAAGGCAAAAUCGCAUGUCUCUUCAUCUUUUUCCUCUGUCUCCGCCCAUCUUCGGAGGCACAAACGUGGGUCAAGUCCGGUUACUUCUAUGCCGGCAGCGAAAUCCCGGUCUCGGACAUCGAUUCCUCCUUGUUCUCUCACCUCAUAUGCGCUUUUGCUUCCAUCGACUCUUCGACCCAUCCACUCUCCUUCAACUCCUCCUUUGAGCAAAUCUUCUCCACCUUCACGAGCACCGUGAAACGGAAGAACCCUUCGAUCACCACGCUGCUGUCAGUGUGGGCAGGCGGAGAGGAUCCUUCAGCUUUCGCUUCGAUGCUGGGCGAUUCUUCUUCAAGAAGGUCCUUUAUCGAAUCCACGAUAGAAAAGGCAAGACUUUAUGCGUUCAGUGGGAUUGAUCUCUUUGGGGUCUGGCUCGGUAGGAGCGUUAACAUUACCAAUUUGAGUGUUCUUUUGGGAGAGUGGAGAGAUGGAGUAGAUGCUGAAUCAAGAAAAUCCGGGAAACCUCGGUUGCUGCUAGUGAUGGAUGUUUAUUGUCAACCCAUUGUUGACUCUCUGAGUUUCCCACUUGAUUCAAUUCAGAGAUAUUUGGACUGGGUUCACCUAAUUGCUUAUGAUAACCAUCUGCCCACCAGGGAAAAGUUUGCCCUCCCUCAUGCUGCUUUAUUUGACCCCGCGAGCCAUAACAACACAGACUUCUGCAUAACUUGGUUGCUGACUAGAGGAUUUCCUGCAAGAAAGCUAGUUCUGGGCUUGCCCUACCAUGGCUAUGCUUGGCAGCUCAAGGAUUCGAGCGGCGAUGCCAUUGGCCAUCCAGCGGUGGGUCCUGCUGUCACGGCGGAUGGGUCAUUUGGAUACAAGGCCAUCAAAUCAUUUAUCCGAGAUUUUGGUUACGGAGCCAGUUCUGUUUAUAAUGAUACAUAUGUGGUGAACUUUUACAGCAAGGGGUUGGUAUGGAUCAAUUUCGAUGAUGUGGAGGCCAUCCGAGCCAAAGUAACUUAUGCCAAGGAAAAGGGGCUUCUUGGUUACAGUGUGUUUCAGAUUAACAAUGAUCAGAACUGGGUUCUUUCCAGGACAGGUAUUUUGGGUGUAAUAGAAGGAUUCAGUAGGCAAUUCAAGACUAUGGUGUGUAAAGGUGAAAGUCUUGAGAGCAGUGCUACUAAUCUGCAAACAUUUGGUUAUGCCACCCUCAGAGCAGCAACUGAUAACUUCUCGAGUGAAAAUAAGAUUGGAGAGGGUGGAUUUGGACCUGUUUACAAGGGCAAGUUGCGUAAAGGACGGGACAUUGCAAUUAAAAGACUUUCAAAAACUUCGAACCAAGGGCUUGAGGAGUUCGAGAACGAAGUUAUGCUUGCUGUCAGCCUGCAACACGUCAACCUCGUUCGCCUUCUUGGAUUUUGCACUGAUAGGGAAGAAAAGAUGCUGGUCUAUGAGUACAUGCCAAAUAAGAGCUUGGACUUCUACCUAUUUGAUCCAAUAAGGAAAUAUUUGCUGGAUUGGGUGCAACGUGUUCAUAUCAUAGAAGGCAUUACACAGGGGCUUCUUUAUCUCCACGAAUACUCGAAUUUCACAAUAAUUCAUCGAGAUUUGAAAGCCAGCAAUGUUCUGCUCGAUGAUGAAAUGAACCCCAGGAUAUCAGAUUUUGGUAUGGCGAGAAUAUUUAGGAAGGAUGACGCCGAGGCAAGUACCAGCCGAAUCGUUGGGACUUAUGGGUACGUUCUGCCAGAAUACGUGAGGAAAGGCAUAUACUCAAUGAAGUACGACGUCUUAGCUUCGGGGUACUGCUGUUGCAAAUCAUCAGUGGUAGAAGGACCUCAUGUUACCACGGCCUUUCUGAAAAUCUGAAUCUUCUUGAAUAUGCAUAUGAGCAGUGGAAAGACGAUAAAUGCAUGGAGUUCAUUGACCCGUCUCUGGAUGACUAUUCAUCAUCGUGUAAGCUCUUGAGAUGCAUGCAAGUGGCUCUUCUAUGCGUGCAAGAGAAGGCUGGGGACAGGCCCUCCA